AUGGCGGUGAUCUGUGAAAAUGCAGACCUUGUCUUUCCGAAACAGCACAGAUGCCAUUCUUGUCGCAAACUGCAAGUACCGACAUUGAAUCACUCGCUCACCAUCAUCCUUCUCUCAUUAUUCGUCUUGUCCUCGUCAACCCGAGCCGCCUAUGUCGAGUUUCGCAAUUGUUUGGACGCGAGUAUCGUGGACUCGAAUCCGAAACUCCUCCAGUUCGAUCCCGUCAACGUUUCUGCCGUCUUUCAUAACUCGUCCGGCAACCACAAUCUGAACAUUACGAUCUAUGGAAAUGUAACAGGCCAAGCUACCGCUCAGCCAUAUCCUCCUCCCGAUGAUCCGUCAUGGAGUGAUCCCAACGAUACGUUUGGCAAAAUCCCUGAUCUGAGCGAGGCCAACAACAAGUAUACUACGCUCUUUGCGCGAUACAAUUUCUUGAGCUAUACCGCGUGGAAUGCCGACCCUUCCAGGUUUUGUAACUCGGUUGUUCAAGGAGGUUGCCCAUUGGCCCCGGCUUUCUAUGUCAACUCGAGUGAACUCGAUCAACUACCCGCAUUUUCCGUCGCACAUGACCUGUUCUCAAGCUAUGCGUUUGCAGCGCUUCAAGCAACCGUUCGGGUUCAAUCUGGUGACGCCAACGGCCAAUAUUACAGCUGUGUCACGGCGACCAUUACACCCGAUCUAGGGGGCUACCUACAAGGAAUCUUGAGAUAUUUGCCUCUCGCUGUCCUCAUCGUCGUUGGUAUUGCCACUAUUGCGGCUGCUAUAUUCAGUCCCUGGGGGUCGACCGACAUUUUCAACUGGAGCAGCAAUUUUGGUCGUGAUGAGGAUCUCCUCCGUUUGGUCACCCCGGGUUUCGGAGACUGCUUGCAAUAUAUCCAAUUUGUUGUCCUCACCGGCAGUCUGACCCUCAAUUAUCCGGGCUUCUACCAACCGGCUGUGAGCCGCGUUGGUUGGUCGUCUCUCAUGUUCAAUGAAAGCUUGGUAACCGGAGGAAAUGGCACCCAGAGCUUGGUCGACGGGGUCUACGAGAUUCGACGCAAUACCAAAUAUGGACUUGACCGAAUGAGUCAACUGGUGGGCAUGACAUCUGACAAAGACAUGUGGGCCGACAUGAUCGUCUGGCUGGUGGUCAUUGUCGCGGCCGCAUCAAUUUUGACUCAAGUGGGAUUCGCCGCGCGAUGGGUACACCGACAGAUCGCCAAUGAGCCAGCGGAGGAUCUGCGCUCCAAGAACGGUCCCUUUACAUUCGGAAACAUGGUGCGGAUUGUCCUGAACUUCUUCUUAUUACCCUUAGCCUCGCUGUCGUUUUACCAGCUCUUGAUUGCCGGCCGCGGUCCGGCUUACUCCGUGGCACUGGCAGCGGUAUGCUUGGUCGCCGUGGUUGCGUUCUCGGUUCGACUCAUACUUUUGUUCGCUCGGACACGACCACGUUCGUUCCUUUUCGACGACCUCCUCACGGUCCUUGCGUAUGGACCUCUUUACAACACCUACUGCGACGAUGUCGCCACCUUUGCACUCAUCCCGCUUCUUGUCAAUUUUCUACGUGGCAUUGCCAUUGGAGCCGUUCAAUCCUCGGGAGUGGCACAAGUGGUUCUGCUCGCCAUUUGCGAAAUCGUCCUCAUCCUCACAAUCAUCGCCUUCCGACCGUUUCCAUCCGCCACUUCGAUGAACAUCUACCAUACAUGUUUCUCCGUCAUUCGACUGAUCACCAUUCUCCUGUCAAUAGCCUUUGUACCGUCGCUGGGCGUUCAAGAUUCAUCGAGAGGUUGGAUUGGAUACGCGAUCCUCGUCGUCCAUGCCUGUACCCUGGUUUUCGGAUUUUUCCUCAAUGCGGUACAAACAUUGAUCGAAGUGAUCGCCCGACUGGCGGGUGCCGGCGGACGGGAUCAGAACACAUCCGGUCCAACGAGAGGUGGCUUGAACAAAGUGUUUGGGAUGCGACAAUUAUCGCGAAGAAUGCCUCGACGCGAUCACCACCCCCGUCACAGCAUGUCUUCGAACGUGGCGAUGCUUGCGGCGACGGAAAAUGAGCAGAAGCAACUGCAAAUGGCCAAGACGAGGUCUCGCAGCGUGUCAGCCACAUCAGCUGUCUUGCUGGACAGCGGGAGAAAUUCGAGCAGAAUCAGUCGAAACCUUGAUGGCCGGGUGUUGGGUGUGACUACUCCGGAUGGAUCAUCUACCCGAGGAUCCCGGCGCCUUACCGACCGAUUGAGCGGCACUGGCUCAUUAGGAGGAAUUGUUGGCCUUCCACGGCAGGUCGAAUCGAAGGAUCCGUACUAUCGUCCACCACGCCGAAAUACCAUGGAGCCACUUUCUUCCACUGACCGGCGCCCGGCCAUGUCAGUCGCUAAUAAUGGCUCAAAGGCCGUGGUGUCCACCGAGGGAGCUGUAGACGAUGAUGCAGGUGAAGGAACGUCCACUCCUCUGCGGGUGGAGAAUGAUGAGUUCGAAGAUCCUGCCAAUGAUGGUGCCAGAGCGAAGAUCGAUUACGCCGUAAGAGAAGUCGACUUCUAUUAUGGCGUUCGUGGCGCCGCAUUGUCCAGCGGAACCAGGAAACUCAAGACUGGUCCGGCCGAUCCCACUGGGCCGGUUUCCACGGCAAGGGGCUGGUUUAAGGGCCUCCUUGGUGGCAAAACGAAGGAGAAAAACAAGGGUUUCGAAGUUGUCCGAAGUGCUCGGGCACCACCGCCCGGUCUAUUUCCGCCAACACCUGUCCCAGAGAGUCGAUGUCCCGAGCCAUACCAUGAUGACGCUGAGGAGACGACACAAGAACGGAGCAGCGUGCAAAACAGUGCUCGGCUGGCUUCUCCACAACGACGGAGCAUCUCCGAUGAGGUGUCUGUCAUGGAAUCCGACGAUGAGGAACAACCGGUCAGCAACAUUCCGGCAAGACCGCCUUCCUUACCACUGAUAGACUCCGUGGGGGCUAUUGAACUGCCAAGUCGAAUCGGGUCUGAAGCAUCUCGAAAGGCUCGCGCAAAACCUCCGACAGGAGAGGUCCCAGAGGUCCCGGCAGUUCCUGCCAUACCGCGAAAAAGUUCCCGAAGACAAUCUGGAGGCGAUUCGGGAAAUAGAGCUGGUGCCGGAUUAAGAUCAUCGGACAUAGGACAGUCAAAACCCACUUCCAACAAAGGCCACUCGCAGAACCUAAGCGCGAACCGUAUCCCUUUCUCGAAUACUCAAGCGUCCACGCCUCGAAAUAAGAGAUAUUCCACUGGCGCAGACUCGACGACAUCAAGUGUACUGCGAGAUGGAGAUGAGAAUGUUCUUGUUCACUCUUCGUAUACAAAUCAUCUCCGGGAUUCCGCAUCGGCUUUAGGGUCACAUCGAGCAGAUCUCCGCAAUGAUCGACCCUCAAAUAUGGGAUUUGUACAGCAGCACCGAGCUAGUGAUAAUAUUCACUACAGUCCUGAUUCGCCCGAGUUUGAAGGCAGCACGGCGGAGGUCCAUGGAAGACCAGGUUGGUAG